UUCAGAGAUACGGAAAGAGAUAUUACUACUAAGCGGAAAUGGUAUCGACAUACGCGUGGUUAUGGACGCUUCUCGCCUUCGUUCUAACAUGGAUGGUUUUUUACCUCAUCAAGAAAAAGAAGGCGGAAACUGACGAAGCAGAGGAGAGAAGAGACGGUGUUGCUGAUGUUAUCAUUGUUGGCGCAGGUGUGGCAGGCUCGGCUCUAGCUUAUGCUCUUGCUAAGGAUGGGCGGCGAGUACAUGUGAUAGAGAGGGACUUAAAAGAACCUCAAAGAUUUAUGGGAGAGCUGAUGCAAGCAGGAGGACGCCUCAAGUUAGCUCAGCUUGGCCUUGAAGAUUGUUUGAAGGAGAUAGACGCUCAACAAUCAAAUUCCUUGGCACUUUACAAGGACGGGAAACAUGGGACCUUGUAUUAUCCGAAGUGCUCUAAAUAUCGGCAGUUUCUUAGAUUAUUUCCAUAUGAACCAAACAGUAGAUUCUUACGUAAUGGCCGUCUGGUACAAGGUCUACGCAAAAAGGCAGCUUCUCUUACCAAUGUGCAACUAGAAGAAGGAACGGUGAAGUCUUUGAUAGAAGUUAAAGGUGUGGUUAAAGGAGUGACAUACAAGAAUAGCGCAGGGGAAGAAAUAACUGCAUUUGCACCUCUCACUGUGGUAUGCGACGGUUGCUAUUCAAACCUUCGUCGGUCAGCCAUCGAUAACAAAGAUGAAGUGCUCUCGCAUUUUGUGGGUUACGUCGUGAAAAAUAGCCGACUUGAAGAUCCACAUAGUAUGCAUCUGACUUUUUCUAAACCUUUCCCAUGUGCUAUAUAUCAAAUAACCAGCGAUGAGGUUCGCGUCGCUGCCGAGCUUCCUGCUGACAGUAUUCCUUCUAUGGCGAAUGGCGAAAUGGUUAACUUUCUUAGGAAAACUCUGGCUCCUCAGAUACCUGAAGCUGGAAAGCUCCGGGAGACUUUUUUGAAAGGGCUUGACGACGGACUACUGGAGGUAAAAAUACAUCCGAAUAAGAGUAUGUCAGCGAAGCCGUGUGAUAGGAGAGGAGUUAUUGUGUUGGGAGAUGCGUUCAAUAUGCGUCAUCCUAUAAUAGCUUCAGGAAUGAUGGUUGCACUCUCGGACGUUCUCAUUAUACGUAAUCUUCUAAGGUCAUUGCCUAACAUUGGUAAUACCAAGAAGGUCUCGGAACUUAUCAAGUCCUUUUACAUCAUCCGCAAGCCAAUGGCGGCUACGGUGAACACGCUGGCGGGUAUCUUUUCACAAGUGCUUAUCGCUACAACGGACGAAGCAAAAGAGGGAAUGCGACAAGGCUGCUUUAAUUACUUGUGCACUGGUGGUUUCCGAACAUCUGGAAUGAUGGCUAUUCUUGGAGGCAUGAACCCACGUCCCCUUACUCUAGUACUUCAUCUUGUAGCCAUCACUCUCACCUCCAUGGGCUACGUGCUCUCUCCAUUUCCUUCUCCCCGUCGCUUUUGGCAUAGCCUCAGAACUUUAGCGUGGGCUUUGAAAAUGUUGGGUGCACAUAUGGUGGAUGAAGGAUUCAAAGAGAUGUUGAUUCCGACAAACGCAGCUGCGUAUCGCAGAAACUAUAUGGCCACAGCCAGCGACUGACUGUGGAUUGAUCACUCAAAACCAAGACUAUUUGUAACCCAUCAGUCUGUUUAAAAUUUUUAAUAAAGAAUUGGGUCCAGUUGAGCCUUUGAUCAGGCCUUGUUGUUUUGUCUUGUAACCAAACUUUGGAUAUGUUACACGCUGAUUUAUUAUAUUCUAUCUGUUGAU